GCGGUCCAGAGGCCCAGAGCUGCAAGGACCAGAUGCGCACAAAUGUCAUCAAUGAGAUCCUCAGCACUGAGCGGGACUACAUCAAGCACCUUCGCGACAUCUGUGAGGGCUAUGUCCGCCAGUGCCGCAAGCGGGAGGAUAUGUUCAGUGAAGAGCAGCUGCGCACCAUCUUUGGGAACAUCGAGGACAUCUACCGCUGCCAAAAGGCGUUUGUGAAAGCUUUGGAGCAGAAGUUCAACACAGAGCGGCCACACCUGAGCGAGCUGGGUGCCUGCUUUCUGGAACACCAAGCAGACUUCCAGAUCUAUUCUGAGUACUGCAACAACCAUCCCAAUGCCUGCGUGGAGCUCUCCCGCCUCACCAAGCUCAGCAAGUACGUGUACUUCUUCGAGGCCUGCCGGCUGCUGCAAAGAAUGAUUGACAUCUCGCUGGAUGGCUUUCUACUGACCCCAGUGCAGAAGAUCUGCAAGUACCCCCUCCAGUUGGCGGAGCUGCUCAAGUACACGCACCCCAGCUCCAGGGACUUUAAAAAUGUCGAAGCCGCCUUGCACGCCAUGAAGAAUGUGGCCCAGCUCAUCAACGAACGGAAACGAAGGCUUGAAAACAUCGACAAGAUUGCUCAAUGGCAGAGCUCCAUAGAGGACUGGGAGGGGGAAGACCUCCUGGUCAGGAGCUCGGAACUCAUCCACUCGGGGGAGCUGACCCGUGUUACACAGCCUCAAGCCAGGAGUCAGCAGAGAAUGUUUUUUCUCUUUGACCGUCAGCUCAUCUACUGUAAAAAGGAUCUGCUCCGCCGGGACGUGCUAUACUACAAGGGCCGGCUGGACAUGGAUGACCUGGAGGUGAUAGAUGUGGAAGAUGGGAAGGACCGAGACCUCCACGUGAGCGUCAAGAAUGCCUUCCGUCUGUACUGUGGUACCACCGGGGACAGCCACUUACUGUGUGCCAGGAAACCAGAACAGAAGCAGCGCUGGCUGAAGGCCUUUGCCAGAGAGAGGGAGCAGGUGCGGCUGGACCAGGAGACAGGCUUCUCCAUCACCGAGCUUCAGAGGAAGCAGGCCAUGCUGAACGCCAGCAAGCAGCAGGCCACAGGGAAGCCUAAAGCUGUUGGCAGGCCAGGAUACCUAACCCGCCACAAGCAUCCAUCACUGCCUGCCAGCCGGCCCCAGCAGCAGGUGUUGGUGCUAGCAGAGCCCAGGCGGAAGCCGUCUAACUUCUGGCACAGCAUCAGCCGACUGGCGCCCUUCCGCAAGUGAGCCAGCACCCAUCAGACAACCUGACGGCACUUUGUGGAACCGUCCUUUCCUCUCUGAUGCCUACACUACCAGGCCCUCUGCCUGUUUUACAAACUGGAAGCGAACAGGCGCAGCGUCACGCUGUAUGAUGGCUGGGCCCUGCCUCUGGCCCCUUCCCCACGGCUCGUGUGCAGGAACCAGCCUCUGCCUAUACUCUAGACCUACGCAGAGCCACCAUCAAUGGUAAGCCUGCACGCCACAGUUCAGAACCUCUGGCCAGGCUGUGCACAUAGGCUCAUCUGCUCUGGACAUUCUUUGGAAACUUUAUCAUCUCCAUUCCUGUUUCCUCUGCGUAGGAGACCAAACUCUGUGGCCAUGAGCCACCUGCCAAAGCAGGUGUGUGACCCUCUGCUCUUCAUUUGUCUGUUCAGGCCCCUAGCGCACUUGCAACCUGAGAGGUCCAGGACCAGGCAUUCAGCCCUCCUAACUCUACCUAUAGCUGUCCUUAAGCCUCCUGGUCCCUCUAUACACUGCUGGCUGCCAGACGCCCUCUUUACUUGUGACAUGUGUAACAAGAACAAAACCGUACAGUCAACUCUGUACCUGGUUCCGGGUUAGUGACAGUUCCCUGUAGCUGGGGUGGCUGCGCACACACCACACCCACUCCCUGUUCAUUAUGAAUUUGGUCGUGUUGUUUCUCUAAUACUGGAGAAUUGUUAAUGACACAGAAAGAUUGCCUUACCCUAGUAUGUGUGAGAAGCCAUAAGGACUGAACUCUGUGACCCAGCAUGGCCGGCCUGCACGUGGUGCAGAGCCUGCAGGACUCGGAAGCAUGGAGUCACUCUUGCGCUGCAUCUUCUCUAAUCCAAAAGCCACAUUUAAUUUCAUAAAGAAACAAAUGAAAAGCAA